AAUCAUCAUCCCCACCACCAUCCCAUUAUCAUAAAAGUAGCACUGAUCGCCAUGAGGACGCGAGCACAGCCCAACGAAAGGGGGUGCUGCAGUCCCUGAAGAGGCUGACCCGGUUUCUCUCUUUCCCUCCCAGACAGGCUGGGGCUGGGCCUGGCGCGGAACCCGCUUAGCAGCGGCGUCGCCUCCUCAGCCGCGGGCGGAGCCUCCGGACCGGCCGGCAACAUGGCGGAGGCGGAAGGGGAAAGCUUGGAGUCCUGGCUGAAUAAAGCCACCAACCCUCUGAAUAGACAAGAAGACUGGGAGUAUAUCAUUGGCUUCUGUGAUCAGAUCAACAAAGAACUUGAAGGUCCACAGAUAGCCGUGAGAUUGCUGGCCCAUAAAAUCCAGUCACCGCAGGAAUGGGAGGCAGUCCAGGCUUUAACAGUACUAGAAGCUUGUAUGAAAAACUGUGGCCGAAGGUUUCAUAAUGAAGUAGGGAAGUUUCGUUUUUUAAAUGAACUAAUUAAAGUUGUAUCUCCCAAGUACCUGGGGGAGAGAGUGUCCGAGAAGGUCAAAACCAAAAUAAUUGAGCUGCUGUAUAGCUGGACGGUGGCCUUGCCAGAUGAAUCCAAAAUCAAAGAUGCCUACUACAUGUUGAAAAGACAAGGGAUUGUUCUUUCUGACCCUGUUAUUCCUGUGGAUAGAACCCUCAUUCCCUCUCCUCCACCUCGGCCCAAAAACCCAGUGUUUGAUGAUGAAGAGAAAUCCAAGCUUUUAGCUAAACUUUUAAAAAGCAAAAAUCCAGAGGAUUUACAAGAGGCAAACAAGCUUAUAAAAUCUAUGGUAAAAGAGGAUGAGGCACGAGUACAGAAGGUGACAAAGCGCAUGCAUACCUUGGAGGAGGUCAACAACAAUGUUAAACUGUUGAAUGAGAUGUUGCUCCACUAUAGUAAAGAAGACUCUUCAGAGGCUGAUAAAGAGCUUAUGAAGGAACUCUAUGAUAGAUGUGAAACCAAGAGACGGACAUUAUUCAAGUUAGCCAGUGAGACUGAGGAUAACGACAACAGUCUGGGAGAUAUCCUGCUAGCAAGUGACAACCUAUCAUGGGUAAUAAAUUUCUAUAAAAAAGUUAUUGAAAACCAAGUCAGCAAUGGUGAAGUGGAUGAUGCUUCUGUACUUCCUACCACAGAUGGAAGUGACUCUGCCAGUAACAGUACACUCAUCGAUCUGGCGGGAUUGGAUGUGUCUAGUACGCUGCUGCCACCAAUGCCUCCUACAACAUUGACACCAGGCCCCACGCUAACUCCGGCGCCCGCUUCCUCAGAAAUCCCCAUCCUCCCACCUCCUCCUCAGACAGCCUGUCACUCCCGGAGCCGUUCAUCCAGCCAAGCUGAAGCCACGGCUGCUCCUUUGACCAGCGCGGCCAAUUCCCUCUCCUUGCUUGAUGAGGAGCUUCUGUGCUUAGGUCUGAACGACCCAGCUCCCCCUGCAGCAAAAGACACAGCGGAGAGCAGCCAGUGGAGCAUGUUCCAGAAUGAACCAGUAGAUCUGGACUUCUUGAAUCCCAGUCCAGCUUCUGUUGCUUGCAGCUCUGCAGUGAACCCUCUUCUUCCUACUGUAUCACAGUCCACGUGUGGAACAGUAACACCUCUUCACUCCACAUUCAUGACCCCUCAGCCUGUUCCCACUAUCCCUGGCCCUUCCUCGGGCCCCUUUUUUUCCCCUGCUGGGCCACCUUUGGGCCCUCCUAAUACAGUGCCAGUUGGCCCUGGCUACCUUGGCCCUACUAUGGGAAGCAAUGGUCUGCAGAAGGUGGAUCCGUUGGGACAUCUUCUGGACGAGAGCAAAGGAAUAUCAGCUCAAGCAAACAGAGCAACUUCUGUGUUCCAUGCAGGAGCUGCCCUGCCCGUUGCCACUUCUGCACCUCUGACAACUGGCACAGGAUUGCCAGUCACUACUUCAGGAGUGCCUAUGAUUCCAUACCCAAGCAACUGCCCGUCUGGGUCAGGAAGCCCCCUCUUCCAGCCUGCCUCAUUCCAGCAGCAAGGAAGUCCUGUGAGAGGAUCUGAGAUCUCCUUGGCCAAUGUCCAUGUUCCUCUGGAGUCCAUUAAACCCAGCAGUGCUCUUCCUGUGACGGCCUACGACAAGAAUGGCUUGCGCAUCCUACUACAUUUUGCAAAGGAGUGUCCACCUGGGCGGCCUGAUGUGCUGGUCGUGGUUGUAUCCAUGUUGAAUACGGCACCCCUGCCAAUCAAGAACAUGGUGCUUCAAGCGGCAGUGCCAAAGUCCAUGAAAGUGAAGUUGCAGCCGCCUUCAGGUACGGAGCUCGCCCCAUUCAGUCCUAUCCAGCCACCAGCGGCUAUUACGCAGGUCAUGUUGCUGGCAAAUCCUAGGAAGGAGAAGGUGAGGCUGAGGUACCGAAUGACUUUCACACUGGGAGACCAUCCCAGCACAGAAGCAGGGGAAGUAGAUCAGUUUCCCCCAGUUGAACAGUGGGGGAACCUAUGACCCAGACAUCUCAGAGACUGGAAUGAAUGUGAACUGGAAAGGCUGUAUGCGGUAUCCGUUAGUGAUAUUUAGCUUUGUUUACAUGUCCUGUCCACUCCGCUUAUAGCGUUAGUCCAGAAUGUUUCCUGCACUCUGGGGUGAAGUAGUCCGGGGCAUAAAUGCCAGGUAUGAACUUGUGUGGGCCACCAGGAACAGAGGCCUGUGUGGCUGGCUGCUUUAUCUUGGCUACCUGGUUCUACCUUCUACUUUGUUAAACUUGAACUAUGAUCAUUCUGGAGAGCUCUGUAAGCAGAAGGGGAGCACAUUGAUAAUUUUUAGUGCUUGUCAGAUGUCUAUCAAGGGCUAUGAUGCCUUCAUUAAUUCCUUUGGGGCAGAGCCCUAAUGGAUGUCCCUAUGCUGUUUUUUUUACCUCUUUGGUGCCAGAACUAGGACAACCUGUAGGCUUCAGAGCAAUAACACAGGCUCCACAAGAGGAAGUUCAUGUCACUCCAUGUUUUUCUUUUAUCUUCUAGGCAACAUCUCUCCUUAAAGCCAACACAGCCCAAAAGGGUGAAUAGCUGGGUAUUUACAUUUGCCACAUUAAUGCUCAAGCUGUUGCCUUUGGUUUUAUACUUUCAACAGACUCAGCAAUGUGUGCUUUCCAAGAGUCUGACAAGAUUGUAUGCGCACAGCCCUGUGGCAGCUUUUUAUCUGCAUUCAAUAGUUGUGUUUGCCUUUGAGCUAAAAUGGUAUUAACAGUUAUAAAGGGACAGUUUGUCCAUUGUUCAGAUGGAGGCAUAAUGAUACAUCAGUACUGAGAAGGGGCAUCCAUCCACUUUUGUUAUAACUAGUAAUCAGGGUCAAAGCUAAGAACUGGUGCAGCUAAGACUUUCAUUCUCCUGCUGAUGGCAGUAUUAUUAGUUAAGAAUAUAAAAUGUACAUACAACUGUGGGAAAAUGCCAGACCUGCAGAUAAGGGAAAACAGAAGCCAUGGUAAUGCAUGUGCUGGAUUUAUUAUCCUGUAUAUUAUUUAUCCCAAAUAUUAAGUGGCUAAGUGCAAUUGUCUCCAGGAGGAGAGACCCCCUUUGUUGAGAGAGAUUUCUUUCAUCGUUGGUAUUUAUGAUCGAGCACCUGAGCCAUAAGGUGAGAAUCACUGGUUGGGUGAUUGCUUCCUCCUUAUCUACCAUUAGGUUUUUUUUUGUCUAAAUAGUCUUUCAACAAAAAACUGUGAGCAGAUUGCUUUUAUGAAAAAAUACUGUAUAUUCUUGUCCUGAGUUAAUCUUAUGUUAAUCAUAGGCAGAGAAAGAUCUGUGGAAUGAAAUCUAAAUAGGAGCAUUGCUUAGAUGUGCAGAGAAAGUUUUGCUGAAGCAAAGGUAAUGAUGUGUUUCAGAACUCAGUCCUGCAGUCAGCAGCUCUCAUGUAUUUUUGGCUACCUGGUAACACAGUAGAUUUAAAAUCACCGUGGAGCCAUCAGGCAUCUUCUCCAGUAGCUUGUUUCCUCAGUCAGUACAAGGUACAGUUACAACGUAAAGAGUGGCAGUGACCUUUGGCCAGAUCAGAUUGGUGUAUAUAGCUACAAACUAUGUGAAGAGACCCUGAUGAGUAAGAAGACUGGUAUGGGGGGACUGCAUUUGUUGUGUUCAGCUGAUGUGGAAAAGCUCUUGAUAGAGUCCCUACUUCUUUUUCAGCCUUGUUACUGUGAGGUUUGUGCUUAGGCUACUGAAGUCUGCCCCACUGCCAUAACCUAUUCAGAGAGAGGAGGUGUCACUGCUAGAGCUUGCCUGUAGGCAAGCCACUCUUCCUGACUGUGGAGACCAGGAGGGGAAAAAGCACAAGUGCUUUCUACUGAAUGGCUUUCUCAACAUCAGCAGUGUUGCCCUACCCUACUGUAUAAUCUAGCAAGUUCCCCAUAGUCUUGCUGUGUGGAAAUGUACUGUUACAAGCUUCAGAAAUUAUUUAUGAAUGUUACUUGUUCAUAGGCUGAAGUUGUAGCUUCCUACCAAACACUCAAGGUUGUAAAUAUGUUCUCAGAAGCAUUUGUUUUUCUGCAUGUACAAUAAAAUUGCUUUCUCUACUCUC